AUUUGAUUGUUAUAUAUCUGUAAGUAUUUUAUACCACAAGAAUAUUAUCACUAAAAUCGAUCACAACAAGAGAUGGACAAAAACAAUAAUAAGUCUUCAUUUGAUCGGUUUGGCGAUGAUUUGGCGGAUCUUAUACUAAGAUAUCUAUCACUUGAAGAUCAGUUGCGUUUAGAGUGUGUAUCCAAACAGUUCCAGUCGUUGGGUAUUCAACGCCGAACUCAUAUAAUAUUCGGUUUCAAUCUGAAUCAGAAACUAAGAGUUAAGCCAUUUUCGACCAGUGGUUACUUCGACACUGAAAACUGGUCGUCACUUAUGAAGAGAAGUCCAAAUGUUCGGACCAUUGGUAUCAAUACGAGUACAUCCGGUUACCGAGAUAUACAAUUAAUAGAAGCCAUACAUCGGUUUCGUAGACAUUGGCCACUAUUGCGGCAAAUUGACUGCACGAUUGAUAAUUAUACCGACAAAGACAUUGAAUUUGUGUGCAAAAGGUUUACCAAAAUGAUUAACAAAAUGAUUAUCUAUUUGUUCGAUCAAAUAGAUAUAAUUAAACCAUAUUUAUCAUCAAUGACUGCACUCCGAGAGCUAUCAUCGAUCCGCAAUAUAGACGACACGUUUAUCGGCGACCAAUUGGUGGUCAAAGGUUUGCAUCGUUUGAGUUGCGAUCGAUUGGACAAUACGUGGACUCGAGACCAUCUUAAACGACUCGAGACAUUCAUUGAUGGCAACAGUUAUCUGAAACGUCUUAAACUACAUUUCACUUCAAUGGACUACAAUACGUGUGUAUCUGUGCUGUCACUUAUCGGUAGAUUUGAAGAACUGGAACAAUUGGGCAUAAGAUUUGAUUUAUUUUACCACUUUUCCAUAGCCGAGCCAUUGUUGACAAUUGCCAACAGUUGUCGGCGACUAAAGUCAUUGAAGUUAGAAUUAAAAGCCGAUUCUUUGGUCUCAUAUAAAAAUAUAUUCAAUGCCAUCAAACACAUGAAACAAUUGAAAAGAUUGGAUUUAAAUGGAUUUUAUGUCAUUAAUCAAUUGAACGACCAUAUGGUUGAUCCGUCACUGUCUGAAUCACUCGAACUGAUCAACUGUUGGCCACAUUUGACUCAUUUGAGUCUAAGAUUAAGUCUUUAUAAUCGACAUUUGUUUUGGGAUAUACACCGAAAUCUACCGAAACUUCAAUGUCUAUACAUUGAUGACUCGUUCGAUAUAAUCGAUGGCUUAUGUCUGUCAUUCAUAUCAAGACUGAAAUCAUUGAUGACAUUAACGAUUGAUACCAAAAAUUAUAAGUCAAUCAAUAAGUCAGAUGUGAAUCAAGUGAUGAACAGUUGUCUGAAAUUGAAGUCAAUUAGUAUUAAUUCCAUACCUAAUGAUAAAUCAAUACAUUCACAAUGA